AUGGCACAUAGGAGGAGGAGGAAUAAUGCUGGGGCUGAUGAGAUCGCGCAGGCGAUACAUCGGAUGGUAGAUGCGAUGCAGCCCAUUGCAGUGCAACCUCAAGCCGUGGUAGCACCCACACGUCCAGUGUCUAUGGAGGAUUUUAUGAGGCAUAAGCCCUCAAAAUUUGCAGGCAAAUCUUCUCCAGAUGAAGCUGAUGCUUGGCUUAAAGAGUACGAGAAAAUCUGUCGGGUGAUUGAUUGCACAGACGCCCAUAAACUCUCAUUCAUAUCCUUCCUAUUGAUAACCGAUGCAGAAUACUGGUGGGUAGGCAUGCAGCAGCUCAUGCAGACCCGGGGUGAGGAGGUUACCUGGACUUCCUUCAGGGAGAGAUUUCUGGAAAAAUAUUUUCCAGCUAGUGCCAGGCAUGAGAGGGAGGCAAAAUUCCUCACGUUCCAGCAGGGGAACCUGACUGUGCAGGCAUACACAGACAGAUUCGAGUAUUUGGUCAGGUUCUACACACCUACUGUUACCGAGGAGUGGAGAUGCCGGAAAUAUGAGGGCGGGCUAAAACACGAGCUCCGCCGCUUUAUUGUACCUCUCCGGAUCAGGGAGUUCACAGUUUUGUUAGAGCAGGCCAAGGCUAUAGAGCAGCUGGAGAUGGGGCCCAACAAAGGGGCUCGACCACAGAAGACUACCUCUGAUUCACGGCAGCAGAAGAAGCCGUAUGAUAGGCCACAGAGCUCGGCUAAGAAACUACAGUGCUACAACUGUGGUGGGGAGCAUUAUCGGAGGGAUUGUCCAAAACCCUCAGGCAGUUCCAAUGGUGGUGGUGGUGGUAGCACUGACAAGUGCUACGUUUGUGAUCAGACGGGCCAUUUUGCACGACACUGCCCGAAUAAGAAACCAGUUGGAGGUGCACCAGCGAAGAAACCAGUAGAGGAUCGACCUAGAGCCCCUGGUCGUGUUUUUGCCUUGAUGACUACCGAGGCCGCCCAGUCAGGUAACUUAGUACAAACCACUUGCUUGUUAUUUGACCAUGAGGUUGUUGUGUUGUAUGACUCAAGAGCUACCCAUUCAUUCGUAUCCAAUGAAUGUGUGAGGAGGCUCGGUCUAGUGAUGCGAGAGCUGGCGUGCGAGUUGAUAGUUGCGACACCAGCGUCAGGGGAGGUAUCCACCACGUCUGUUUGUGUGGGAUGCCCUAUAGAGGUGGCAGGUCGCAGGUUCGAGGUCAAUCUCAUCUGCUUACCAAUGGAGGGGUUAGAUGUGAUUCUGGGUAUGGAUUGGUUGGCCAGCAACCAUGUGGUGAUUGAUUAUGGACAACGCGGGGUGGUGUUCCCAGAUGCAGAAGGACUGGAAUUGAUAUCAUCCAAUCAGGCAGAGAAAAAGAUUGAGGCAGGGGCUACAUGUUUUAUGAUAGUAGCUCAAACGGAGAAGAAGAGUACUGCAGAGAAGAUUAGUCUGAUUCCUGUGGUAGAUGAAUACGCAAAUGUCUUCCCUGACGAAAUCCCAGAGUUGCCACCAAGCAGGGAUGUGUAUUUCACCAUUGAUCUCAUCCAUAGGGCUGGCCCAGUAUCUAUGGCACCAUAUCGGAUGGCACCAGCUGAGUUGGCAGAGUUGAAGAAGCAGAUUGAGGAUCUGCUUGAGAAGAACUUUAUCAGGCCGAGUGCAUCGCCAUGGGGGGCGUCGGUAUUACUUGUGAAAAAGAAGGAUGGCAGUUCCAGGUUGUGUGUUGACUACCGGCAACUGAAUAAGUUGACAAUUAAGAAUAAGUACCCGUUACCGAGGAUUGAUGAUCUGUUGGAUCAAUUAAGGGGAGCAGCUGUGUUCUCUAAGAUUAACAUGAGGUCUGGAUACCAUCAGAUCUUAGUCAAACUAGAGGAUGUGCAGAAGACUGCAUUCAGGUCACGCUACGACCACUAUGAGUAUGUGGUGAUGCCAUUUGGAGUGAUGAAUGCGCCUGCUAUAUUUAUGGACUACAUGAAUAGGAUAUUUCGACCGUAUCUGGAUCAGUUUGUCGUUGUAUUCAUUGACGACAUACUGAUAUAUUCUGAGAGUAAAGAGGAACAUGCAGAUCAUCUGCGAGUGGUAUUGGAGGUGCUUAGAGAGCAUAAGCUUUAUGGGAAGUUAUCGAAGUGUGAGUUUUGGCUCAAUGAGGUGCAUUCUUGGGCCAUGUAA